AUGGCGCUCUCAAACUACACCUGGUCCUUUACUCCAUUGGUGACGGCCUUUCCGGAGACGGUAUUGCCUAAUAUCGCCUUGUGGAAUGUCACCAAUGGACUGGAUCUACAAUAUCAAGUGCAAAUCUCGUGGCCUCUCGAAUGGUCCGCCGCGCGACAGGAAGCAAAUGGCACGGCCUUGACCAUGUUCGUUCUGGACGGAAACGCCCUGGGUAUGACGGGGACUGAAGCAUGGCGCCGCCGAGACGCCGUCGAGCUGGACCAGCCAGAUGCCGUCGUCGUGAGCAUCGGGUAUCCGCUGACCGACUCCGUCUACGGCGCGCAGCGCAGCAUCGACUUCCAGCCUGUGACGCCUGGCGAGGCACCACCGGCCGUUCCCGGCGUGAGGGAAGGAUCUGACGACUUUAUCGAUUUUAUCGAGCACACACUGCGGCCCUUUGUCCGCUCCGAGUUUCCCCAGGUUGGUUUUGGGCGCGAAGCCCUAUAUGGCCACUCCUUCGGAGGACUCUUUGUUGUCUACGCCCUGCUCCGCCGACCAGACCUGUUUGACACUUUUGUCGCGGCUAGCCCAGACCUGACCUGGGACGACCGGUAUAUCCUGAGCCAUAUGGACUGGCUGGGCGAGGCAGUGCUGCCGGCCAACACGACAAAGCCGGCCUUUAAGCUGUCUUAUGGCAGUCUGGAGCAGUAUCCCCGUCGGCGGCGCACCGAGACAUACGAGGAGUUCCUGUCUCGCAUCGCCCUGUUGGAGAGUUAUGGGGUGACGUAUACGAUGGGAGAUGACUGCAAUACUCUGUUCCAGUACCUCGACUCCAGCACCCAGCUGAGGAAUGCAGAGCUAAAGGAGUAUGUCGGCAGUGAUCAUGCGUCUGUGGGUGCGGUUGCCUUGGCUGAUGGGAUUGAUUACUUUGUGGACUGGUAA